ACUGGUAUGAAUUAUACACUAAUAUAAACUGAAAUAGUGAGAUAUGAAAUGACAUUUUAACAAUACCAAUGUGAUUUUAUAAAAUGAAAAAAAAACAAUCAUUAAAAAUAAAAGAACAAAUUGAAAAAUAAGAGAAAAAUAAGUCAAAUAAAAUUUAAAUCUCAUAUCAGCAGUUUCAUUGUUUUGGAAUGUAUCUCCUGUUUCCAUGUAUUCAAAAACUCAAUAACCAGAAUUUAAAAGACCACUGAAAAGUUUAGAGAUAAAGUUUAAUAUAGAUAGCUUGUCAUAAAAGUCAAGAGACAUUGCAAAACUCAUUUCACAUUCAUAAUAUAAAACUUCGACGACUUGGUCUUCUUCUUUGUGUGUGCGUUUUGAUUGGCAAGUCUUCGUCAUCUCCCAUUGUCCAACACGAGGGAAAAGUCGUGAGACUUCGUCUUAUUCCAUUGAAUUAUUUAAACAGGAGAAUAAAAACUCAUGAGACUUAUCUUCUCUCAGUUUGCUUUCUCAUGGAUGAUUCAGAUAUCAAAAGGCUGGGCGAGAUCCUUAUUACAGCGGAGGAGGAGGAGGAGUGGUUGAAUACACCUGAUGAACAUGAUCACACCGAAACAUCUACCCACCAGAGUUAUGUAACCAUUCUGAAAGAAGGAGAUAUCCGAAGUCGUAUGAAAGAGGAGAUCCAACGUGUUUCAAAUACUUACUCAAUCUCCGAAGACGACGCCACGCUUCUGCUAGCUCACUUCCGCUGGGAUGAUAUUGAACUUCAUAAGAAAUGGUCAGAUAACGCUAAAAGUGUUAGAGAAAGCGUCGGAAUAUUUGAGUUGGAGAGACCACUUGAUUUACCUUCUGACGACAAAAAUUUCUGUUGCGGAAUCUGCUUCAAAUUACUCUCACUUGAGAGGUCUGCAUCGGUCUCAUGUGGCCAUCGUGUAUGCAAGUUCUGCUGGAGAAGUCAUAUCAACAAAAGCAUCAAUAAGAUUGCAGAUGUUGACUGGUAUGGGACAUUAAAAUGUCCAUACGAUAUUUGUCGAGCUUCCGUUGGUGGAGACAUGAUAGAGAAAUUUGCUUGCGAGGAAGAGAAGACUAAGUACUAUCGAUAUCUCUUUAGAUCUUACGUUGAAGGCAGCAAAGUGAUAAAAUGUUGUCCUGCUAAGGGGCGUAGCUGCGAUGUUCAUCUUACUCCUGGUUCCGGAAACUUUGAUGUCUUAUGUCUCUGCCUGCUUAGUUUCUGUUGGAAUUGCAGCAAGGACGUUCACAGUCCCAUGGACUGUGAAUCAGCUGCAAAAUGGUUAAGAAUGAACAGUUCUGAUUACCAAGACCCCAACUGGGUACGACAGAACACGGUGCCUUGCCCUAGGUGUAACCUAAGGAUCAGAGAAAAUCAAGAUUGUUCACUGAAGAUGAGAUGCUUUCCACCUUGUAACUAUGACUUCUGUUGGCGCUGCCGUGGUCAAUGGACUGAACAUGGCUUAGAUUUAUACACUUGUACCCAUGAUGAGUAUGAAGAGACUGUUUUUGGGAAUAUGGCAGAAUAUGCUGCAGGUAGAUACAAAGACUGUCAUGAAAAGUGGAUGAGUAAUGAAUCGGUGAUGCAAAAAGCAAAAGCAAAACUCCAGCAAUUACACACUGAUGUUAUUCCGGAUUUAAGUAACAAACAGUUAGCAACUGUACAUCAGCUUGAGUUCGUUGCGGAAGCUUGGUCUCAGAUCAUGGAAUGUAGAAGGGUCUUGAAAUGGACUUAUGCUUAUGAGUAUUACCUAGGAGAGGACCAGGUCGAAAAGCAAGCUUUCUUGAAGCUUAAGCAAGACAAUGCAGAGAUUCCUCUGGAGAAGCUCCAUUACCAUGCAGAGAAUCAACUGAAUAUGUUGCUUGACUCAGAUGGACCAUCAGAGAAUUUUAAUAAAUUCCGCAGCGAUUUAACUGACUCAACUAGAAUAACGAGAAAUCACUACGAGCUUCUUCUAAGAGAUCUUGAAGAUGGCUUAAGUAAUGUUGUCGGUGCUUCAACGUCGCAAAGGGCACAUAACGAGGAUGAUGCUAGUGGUUCGAGCAGUAUACAUGACGAUUAAUCGAGGCCAAAUUGUUGAUGAUUUAUUUUGAUGUUUAAAUUGCUAAAUAUUUAUAGGAAAUCAUUGGAUUUCUCAUGUCUGAUAUGAACUCUGUUUCGUUUUGGAUAUAUCUCAUAAUCUUCAUUCGCUA